UUCUCUUUACCCUCAAUCAAGAUGGCGGUGGCGUCUUCACAUCUUGUUUACAUCACACCGCGCAUGCGCAGCCGCCAUUUCGCGCUUUUUUUGUCGGUCACGCCCUUAACAAAGAUGGCGGCCGCGCGGCCGCCAUUUUGCGGGCGCCGCCUUCCCCUCACCCGCCCCCGAUCCAAGAUGGCGCUGGCCAGCGUCCUCCGCUCGGAGCUGCCGGAAUUUAAUAAAUCUUUAAUUAAAUUUAAUAAAAUUUUUCCAGAAGAUUCCGAGGCGAUUCCAGAAAUCGUGAGGGAUCCUCCGGGUCCUCCGCGGGUUUUGGCGGCGCCGCCUUGGGGAGUUGAGGCCGCACCGGAGGGGCCCGGCUUUCAGAUGCUUCACGGUACAACCACCUUGGCCUUUAAGUCCCCCGCGGGCGUGACCGUCGCCGUCGACUCCCGCGCCACGGCCGGCUCCUACAUCGCCUCCCAAUCCGUCCUCAAGGUUCUCCCGAUCAACGCGCGCAUCCUGGGCACCAUGGCGGGCGGCGCCGCCGACUGCUCCUUCUGGCAGCGCCUGGUGGCGCGGCAGUGCCGCGUGCAGGAGCUGCGCAACAAGGAGCCGGUGUCGGUGGCCGCCGCCUCCAAGCUGCUGGCCAACCUGGUGUACCAGUACAAGGGCAUGGGGCUCAGCCUGGGCACCAUGGUGUGCGGCUGGGACAAGCGCGGGCCCGCCCUGUACUACGUGGACAGCGAGGGCCAGCGCGUGGCCGGCCGGGCGUUCGCCGUGGGCUCGGGCUCCUCCUACGCCUACGGGGUGCUGGACCGGGGGCUGGCGGGCGCGGCGGCCACGGCGGAGGCGGCGUGCGCGCUGGCGCGGCGCGCGAUCUACCAGGCGGCGCGGCGCGACGCGUACUCGGGGGGGAGGGUGCGAGUUUUUCACGUGGGGCCACAGGGGUGGAGGGAGGAGUCGGCCGACGACGUCGCCGCGCUGCAGGAGAGGUACGGGGAGUGAAAAAAUUGGAAAAUUUG